AUGACUGAAUUCGAUCACUGUGCUAUGAUUGCUGUCACGCCUGUGCAUGCCAUUUCUGAUCAGGUACACAAGCAUGGCGUGUAUCCUUUUGCACCUCUCAUUUUGCAGGACCCUCCUAUCAUUCCUUCGCCGCCACUCCAUCCAGUCUCGCCUCCGAACAAAAAGAUCAAGGAGGAGUGGCGGCCGAAGCAGCAGGUUGCUAAGCUUGCACGGAAGAAGGGUGGAGAGCACUACGAGCUGGUUCCACCUCCUGCACCACGACCACCCUGGCCAUCCAAGUACUCACUCUCCUGCAUCUUGCCGGAUGGCCAGGUCGAGCUGACCAAUGCUGGUGGUCGCACCCGUCGGGUGCAUGGCCACAACCUGAAGCUGUACCUCAAGAGCGACGUGGAUCCGCACUUGGAGGCACCUGUUCCUGCACCUUCUUGA